CUCCAUGCCCAUUUGUUUUUACAAUUUUACCCUUUUCAUAAACCAAUUGACGCCGUCUCUGACCUGACCCUUUGCAAAUCCAGAAAUGAAUACCCAAACCUAUCUAUUGUUAUUCCUCUCUCCUCUUCUCAAGCCUUUCAACCCAAGCAAAUCCAAUCCAACACCAUUUAAUAAUUUUUUCCUUUUCACAUUCAAUUAUUAGAAAAAUAUUUAUUUAUUUAAAAUAAAUUAAAUGAAAAAUAAAAAAAGAAGAGGUUAAAUUAUAAUGAUAAUAAUAAAUAAAGUUCCAUUAAUGGCCUGGGCUCCGACAUGUAGCAGUAGUCGUGCCUCGUCUAUGUAUGUAUUUGUGUGUAUUUGAGUUUACCCUUCUUUCUUCUUUUGGGUUUCUCGAUGUGUGUGUCGUUUAUUCUCCUCCCUUUGAUUCCCCGGCGGUUCUCCAUUCUCCGCCGUUGAUUUGAUCUUCUUCCUACUCCUCUCUCGGUGUGGUUUUCUUUAAUGUUAUGAAGCUCAUUGGUUAUUGCUUCUUCCUCUUCUCCUCCAUUCUAUCCUGGUUCCCUCUUCUUUCAUGGAACUCCUCCCUCCUAGAAGUGAUUGCUGGUAAUCUGGCCUUAAAGCGAGACUUUGAUGGGGAAUGGUGAUAACGGGCGCUGCAUAUUCCCUCUCACAAGUUUGCAAAUUGGAGAUUUGCAGUCUUACCUUUCUGAUCUUAGCCUCUUCCUGGCCCUUAAAAGUAACAAAUUUUAUAUAUUGGUAGACAACCGACCAUGGCUGAGAGACAGAGGUUCUCGUCCGGCACACUUGUGGCAGUUGAUGGUUACCAAGUCAAGGUUAUCUCCUUUUGCCAACACCAAAGCACGGAGGGAGAAAAAGGAGGACAAAGAGGCUUGUUCCAAUUCCAGUGAUAUAAAGCCAAAGACACUUGAUAAAUGGUUUCGACUAAUUGAUGCGAUUACGUUGUCUCGGAAGAGGGUUUUGCUACCUGUGAAGAAACUGCAUCAAUCGUCACUUUUAAGCAGAGAGCUGCAUAGGACCUUGUAUGGCUUCAUAGUAUUUGAAGUUGCAUGGAGCAAUGUUCGUGGUAUCAACUAUUUGAAUGAGCUUCAGACUGAUACCACUCUGGCCAUAGAGGCUAAAUUCAUGCAAAGAUGGGAAUUUGACAGUAUUGCUCAAGCAGCAAACUGUAUGUCAUCAUGGUUUUCAGGAACAACCUCUGAAAAGCUGUUGUUAAAAGAGUAUCUUGAUUCUGUAGUAGGAGAUGUCUUCUAUGAUACGAAGGAAGAUUUUUUGGAUUCUAUAUCUGAUGAUGAUGCCGAAAAUAUCUGCAAUGAUAGUUUGUCUAUUGAGGAUGAUUCUCUCCUGAGCUUGGGUAGCAAGUUUGGUGUAUCAUCUGUAUCUGAUGUUGAUGAAAAUGAUGUUCACCACACUCCACCUCCUCUCUGUGGACCGUGGAAAAGAAGGAAAGUAACAAACUCCAGCAUUACAAGUGAAGAAGCUGGCAUGUGUACUGAGGGAAUCAGGAACUCAGAGAUUUGGGAUGAAAAUGAUGUGGAAGCUACCCAGUACAUGGAUGUUUUAAUUUUGUUCCGGUUCAAUGACCAUGACCUUCCAUUUACUCUAAGAAAAGUAAUAAUGUCUGACUUGCGGUUACUUACUUUAUUAGAGGCCGGGCUUCCAUCUUGGGUUCUUUUCCUACAGUCAUAUCCAGUGUUUUGCCAUCUCUAUCGACCAUGGAUGUGCCCGUUGGCAAGAGCUUUAUAUGUACUUAUCUCUGUUGUAACCGUUCUUAUAGGAUUUUAUGAUUUGUACAAGAAUGUCCCAGUUCUGAAGGCUACUGCGUCUCGAUUGUUUGGGCCUCUUUUUGACUGGAUUGAAACUUGGGAGAUGAUAACACGGAUUAAAUACUUGGGAACAAUGCUAUUUCUGCAUAACUUCCAAAAGGCUGUUAAUUGGUUUCUUACGAUUAGGAGCACCACCAGAUCCUUCCUGUCAGUUCUCACUCAACCACUAGCAGAGCCACUUCUAGAAAUUUUGGAGUUUCUCCUACCAGUGUCGAACGUGAUGAUUGAAGUCGUAGAAAAAUUUUUCUCAGUUAUUUGGAUUCUGAUCGGGUCUUCUUGCAGUCUUGUGGAGAACGUGGUAGAGAUGUUCCUGUCCCCCAUAUGGUUUCUUGUCUCUUUUAUCUGGAGUGCCACAAUAUCAAUAUUAUUCCCCAUAUUUUGGGUUUUUUGGGAAUUACUCUAUGCUCCAGUUCGCAUUGUUCUGGCAUUUACCACUCUCAUAGUUUUUGUUUGUACCUCUAUAUAUGAGAUGCUUGGGGAUGUAUGGGAGUUUAUUAGUAGCAUAAUUCAGCUUGCAUCUGCUUCUGAGGCAACAGUGAGUACGUAUGAAGUUUCUAUGUGGCGAUCACUUUGGAAUGACCUAUUUUCCCAGAUUUUUCGUGCUGUCAGGAGUAUAUUAAAUGGUUUUGUUGCCUUUUUCACAGCCUGCAACAGGCAUCGCCUGAGCAUUUAUAAUCACUUACUGGAGUUCAUUCAAAGAUUAUUUGGUCGAACCCAGACAUCAAGGCAGGAAGGCUCUAGAUCAAGUAGACCUAAAAAGGAGAAUCAGAAUAUGCAAGAAGUAAGGAGGAAACUUCAUGUAAACUAGACUUGUACAACUAUCCUCCCAAAGCUAACGAAUCGACUAGGCACUUCUCUUUUGGUAGUGCCUGCCUGUGUUAUAUUAUGACAAAUUAACAGCCCAAGAGCAAAAGUCUCUCCAACAAAAUUGGAGAGGGUAUUCAAGUCUUUCACUGAUACAUCAAUAUAUAUAUAUAUAUAUAUUACUGAAUGUACUGGACAAAAAGCUUCAUUCUUUCCAUUCUUUUUGUCUUUAUCUCCUUAAAGUCAUUCACAAUGUUAUUUUUCUUCCUGCGCUCUAAGUCCCAAGGGAUUUAGUUGUACUCAAUUGUCUAUCCAUGUAAAUAGUAUGUAAAGACUUGCUUGUGUAUUUAUAUAGCUAUAAUAAUAUUUUAAAGAAAAAUUCUUCUAUUCAGAUAUAUUAGUAUUUUAAGAAAUAGUAUGAAUAGUGAUUUUUGUUAAUGUAUACCACUUUGGUAUAACAAAAAAAAUACCACAAUUUGCAGUGCUUUAACUGUUCAAAUUCUUUAUUGCGGUGAAAAUCACAAGCUAAUGCCUAACAAUAGUGCAAGUCAUAGGCCAAACACACAUUCAUCUUAAGCAUAAACCGAUACCUUCAUACUCCAUAGACCAAUAAAAGAAGUAUAACAAAAAUAGAUUCGAUUCGCCCUAGGCCGAUAACUAGAAUACUAGAACAAGUCUUAAAAAAGAAAAUAAAAAAGAUACUAAACACCUAAUCCUUCAUAACCAAAUCCACAUAAAGUAGUUCACUAUAUAGUACUACUAGAGUCGCCAUAUUUUAUGAUUACAUAAAAGAAGCACCUCCAGUUUGGUGAAGCAUAGCAUCAAUCUCAUCACCAUCCUCCAUUUCCAGCUGCAAUUAUACGCACAUAUAAAAAACUGCAUCAGUAAUUCAUUCAUGAAAAAAACACUAAGGUUUAUGUUAAGAGAAUGAGAGAAAGACCUCGUCGGGAGUCUGCUCAGCUCGAAGGCGACGACCAUCAAAUAAAAAUGCUAUAGAGUUGAACUCCACAGAUUGUCGAUCACAAUAUGCAUUCAUAAGCUUUUUCAGUUGGGUACUUCU